CCAACUUCCGAGGCGCUCUCAUUGCCGGCCGGACCCCAGCCUCCGACAGGUUCGGGCCGCCCUCCUCGCCCCACCCUCUGUCACCACCAGCAUCCCCUCCCUCCCACCUCGUCCUCUGCCCAGCGCGCCCCAAACCCGCGACCCCUCCAAGCUCCACUGGGCUAGCUCGCUCAGUCCGGUUCGGUUCCCCUGCAGACCAUGGACCAGUUUUGGUGGCGCGCCGCGUGGGGACUCUGCCUCGUGCAUCUGAGCCUGGCACAGAUCGAACUGAACGUCACUUGCCGAUAUUCGGGCGUAUUCCACGUGGAGAAGAAUGGGCGCUAUAGCAUCUCACGGACCGAGGCUGCUGAUCUCUGCACGGCUUUUAACAGCACCCUACCCACGAUGGCCCAGAUGAAGCAAGCCCUGCAAGUUGGGUUUGAGACCUGCAGGUACGGGUUCAUACAAGAGCAUGUAGUGAUUCCCCGGAUUCACCCCAACUCCAUCUGUGCUGCCAACAACACAGGAGUGUACAUCCUCACAUCCAAUACCUCCCAGUACGACACAUACUGCUACAACGCUUCAGCUCCAGUUGGAGAAGAUUGUGCUUCAGUCACAAACUUGCCCAAUGCCUUUGACGGACAAGUCUCCAUAACUAUUGUAAACCGUGAUGGCACCCGCUAUGUGCAGAAAGGAGAAUAUAGAACUAACCCUAAUGAUAUCAACCCCAGCAAUGCUCCUGAUGAAGACAUAAGCAGUGGCUCCUCCAGCGAAAGAAGCACUUCCGGAGGUUACAUAUUCCACACCCACCUGCCAACUAUGCACCCGACUCAAGACCAAGACAGGUCCUGGGUGUCUAAUGACCCAGAGAACACCCCGGCUACGACUUUGAUGGGAACUAGUGAUUCAACUUCCAAAACAACAACCAAGAGACAAGGAGCCCAAGAUUGGUUUUCUUGGUGGUUUCAACCCACAGAGGACAGGAAUCUUCUUCAAACAACAACAAAGAUGGCUGGUGCAAAUUCAAAUAUCACCCUAGCAGGCUGGAACCCCACUGAAGAAAAUGAAGAUGAAAGAGAUAAACACCCCAGUUAUUCCGGAUCAGGCAUUGAUGAUGAUGAAGAUUUUGUCUCCAGCACCAUUUCAACCACAACACGGCUUUUUAACUACCCAAAUCAGAACCCAGAUUGGACCCAAUGGAACCCAGAUCAUUCAAAUUCAGAUGCAUUACCUCAGACAACCACAAGGAUGAAUGAUGUUAACAGAAGUGGUACCAGUGCUACUGGAGAAAACUGGACCCAGGAAACACAUCCACCUCUCAUUCACCAUGAGCAUCAUGAUGAAGAGGAUACCCAGCAUUCUACAAGCACAACCCAGGAAACCCCUAGUAGUGCUACGGAGGAAACAACUACCCACACAGACCAGUUUGUGAUUGGAUGGCCUGGGGAGUAUCCCCACAUGCCAAAAGAAGACUCUCACUCAACACCAGGGACAACUGCAACCUCAGCCCAUGACAACCACCCAGAUCAAAGAAUGACAACCCAGAAUCCAGAGGAUAGUUCCUGGACAGAUUUCUUCGACCCAAUCUCACAUCCAAUGGGACAAGGUCAUCAAACAGAAAACAGCAUGGAUAUGGACUCCAGUCAUAGUACAACGCCUCAACCUUCUGCAGAUCCAAAUGUAGAUUUGGUGGAAGAUUUAAACAGAAAAGAAACACUUUCCAUCACAACUCAGCAGAAUCCUGCUCAGAGCUUCUCCACAUCACAUAGUGUCUUGGAAGAAGAUGAAGACUAUCAAAUGACUUCAGCUCCAACAUUUAGCAGUAAGAAUUCUAGUAAUGAUGGUAAAGAUAGACCGGAAGGUGAAAAUCAUCCUCAAGAUUCAACUACUUCUCUGGAAGGUUACACGUCUCAUUCCUCAGACACAAAGGAACACAGGACCCUUAUCCCAAUGAGCCCUGCUGAGACAGUGGCCCCUGAAGUUACUGAAGUUACUAUUGUUGGAGAUACCAACUCUAAUGUUGAUGGUUCUGUAUCAGGAGAUCAUGACGACUCAUCCUUUGACUAUGACUCCAGUGGCAAGUCCCACACUACCGAUGGAUCUAAGUCAGCUGGACAUGCAAGUGGGAGUCAAGAAGGUGGUGUAAACCCAACCUCAAGUCCUAAGAGAAAAUCUCAAAUUCCAGAAUGGCUGAUAAUCUUGGCAUCCCUCUUGGCCCUGGCUUUGAUUCUCGCAGUUUGCAUUGCCGUCAACAGUCGAAGAAGGUGUGGACAAAAGAAGAAGCUGGUGAUCAACAAUGGCAAUGGAGCCGUGGAGGACAGGAAACCAAGUGGACUCAAUGGAGAAGCCAGCAAGUCUCAGGAGAUGGUGCACUUGGUGAACAAGGAACCGUCAGAGACUCCAGACCAGUUUAUGACGGCCGAUGAGACACGGAAUCUGCAGAAUGUGGAUAUGAAGAUUGGGGUGUAACCUUCACUAUAACCUUAGAAACAAAUGACAGUCAGCCACAUUACCAUUACAGGGAGCUGGGACACUUCACAGAUGCAAUGUGCUACUGAUUUGGGGGAUCUUUUUUUAGCAUAAAUUUUUUACUCCUUUUUUUUUUUUUUUAUAUUUUCAAGUCAGGUCCAUUUUGUAAAAACAGCAUUGCUUUCUGGAAUGAAGGCCCGAUUAAUAAUUGGCAGGAAUUUGGCAGUUCCAGUUCCCACCUAGAAGCCUCUCACCCUGGGGUGUGCUAUGGGAUGGCUUCUAACUAAAGCCACGGAAACAUCCCCCUUUUCUCACCCUCAACUCUCCUUCCAUUUCACCUCCCGAAAAUCAACUACUUGCUAAGAACAUUCCUCAGGACUAAAAGCAGUUAGUCCCCGGGAUGAAGUCUGAAGGAGUGAGUGCAUAUUGUCUCUUCUUCAGCAUCCUGAGCCCUGAACAUCACUUUCCAAAGUGAUGAGGGGUUGGGGUAUACUGAUUAUACAACCACUUCUACAGACCCCCCUGAAAAUUUUCCAGUUGCUUCUGGGAGAUACCCAGAGGGUAAAGCUAUUUAUCUGUAGAAAGCUAUUUAUCUUUAUGUUUUUUUUUUUGAAAUAUGAAACCCUGGAAGAUUUUUAUAAUUAUGAUUCUUGUUGCCUUGUCAGAGGCAUAUAAGAAUUUAAACCCUUCCAUAAUAAACAUCUGCAUUUCUUCCACCAUAAACCUUUGCGGCUGUGAUUCUUCAGUUUUUUAAUCAGCAAGGGCUGAGUCCUCAUAGGUCAUCGGGACGAAGUGUAAAGGUUUCUCCUUGAAAGUCUCAGGUUGCAAAGCCUCUACUAAACCAAAUCUCACUGAGGAUCAGGAAAGACAGGACUGCUUUAUUUCUGAGGCUCAAAAGUCUUUUGUUUCUGAAAAAGAGAAUUGUGAAAGGAGGAGCUUUGUUGCUUUAAUAUUUUAAUAUGGUCAUUCAUUCUGUCUUCAAAGUCUGUGAAAAGUUAUAUUAUGUUUGUGUGAUCUGCCACAUAGAGGGAUUUCAUUAUAUAGACUCUCACCCUGACAGUGAUGUCCAGAAACAGUAUGGAAGCGUCUUUUAACAUCUUUUAGUAAAAGAAGUCAGUGGUAAUUAAAGAUUAAAAGUCAGUAACUAACUGAUUGGCACAGGUUGGCAAAGGAGAGUGGAGCAGGGAGAGUGAGUGCCUGAUUAAUCAUUUCAUGAUUCUGUUUGUUUAUAUUUCAACAACCCAAAUGCCUUCUGUUAUAGUUAGCAGAAGUUUCAUUUUCUCAGAACCUUCAAAAAAAGUUUACAGGGCUUCCUGCCACUGGAGUCAAAUCUGUGAUCUUUAUCCAUAACUCCAGAAGCCCCAAUUUAGUUAUAGAACAUCCAAAGAUGAUUAGUAGUAUAAGAGAUUAAUCCAUAAAGGAAAGACUACUAGAAUGAGAACUUCUUUUAGCUUCCCUUAAAGGUCAUCUGCUGCCUAAACUGAUAAUCCUAACUGGCAGUUGUAAGACUAUUUGAGAGAGAAUGAGAGUGAGAGAGAGAGAGAGAGAGAGAGAGAGAGAGAGAGAGAGAGAGAGAGAGAGAGAGAGAGAGAGAGAUGGGGAAGGGAGAGGAAAAGAAAGAAAAGAAUAAGGAAGAUGAGAAGGUGAGAAAAAGUCUCCCACAUACAUCUGGGCUGAGCUUAUAUAAAGCUUUGAUAAAGAAGGAUUUUAAAGAAGAAUGGACACUUUAUGCCCUCAGUUCCAAUUUCUACUCUCCACUAUCCAACCUCACAUCCUGCCAUGGUCUUUAAAUACUUCCUUCCUCUACUGCCAACAUUGCCAGCCAAGUCUGUUUUCGUCUAUCUUGUUUUAUUUUCAAGUUGAAAGAAAAAAGAAAAUGAACAUCUGGCCACUCUUAUCACAUGGUUCGUGUCAGUUAUCUUCUGCUUUUCAAGAAUUUUCCUAGCUCUGCAACAGAUCCAGACAGACUCAUCAGGGCCUUUAACUUAAAAGCAAUUUAAACCAACAAUUCACCUUGAGAUCAAAUUUAGUGGAGUUAUACCAGGCUCUUCCCAUCAGCAGAUCCUUUUUGUCACCAUGAAUACUCUCACAGUUAAGGUGGUUUCCCAUCCUUACUAGAAAUAUUUCCAAUAAAAAUGCUGAUAUAGGUGACUGGUUUCAAUUUUAUUUAGGAAUUAAUUACUAUGUCUUAUUUUAUAUAUACUGUCCUCUUGCUAUAUCUCUAUGUUCUCAAAAUAGGAAUGGGAGGGGGGAUGCAAUUAUAUUACUAACUUCUUUCUCUUGCAAGAAAUGCACCCUAAAUUUUGCAUGAAGUUCAAGGGAAAAGGUGUAUAUAUCUCAUCUGUUAUGUAGCAGAGCCAAGAAGUAUGACUUGACUACAGAACAUUUCUACCACUGCCUUUUCAGGGAACUUGGGCUAGAUCAUUGAACUGAGCCUUGUUUGUAAAAGUAAGGGACCACCAGGCUUUAUUAUGCAAGGCAAUCUGAGAGCCUAAAAUGUAAUUUUUUCUGUAAUAUUAAAUCUUUUGCAUCUCUAAAUUUGCACUGAGUAAAAAAUGAGUCAAAAGACAACUUUAUAUCACUACUUUUAGAUUUUUCCCUCGGAGAAUAGACUUUUUUUCUGACAGAACCUCUCAAAAAUGUUUUUUGUUUGUUUGGUUUUUGCUUUUUGGGUCACACCUGGUGAUGCACAAGGGUUAACUCCUGACUCUGCUCUCAGGAAUAACUCCUGGCUGUGCUCAGGGGACCAUGUGGGAUGCUGGGAAUCGAACUCGGGUCAGCCGCGUGCAAGGCAAAUGCCCUACCCAAUGUGCUAUCACUCCAGCCCCUCAAAAAAGUUUUAACGUGAAAUCCUAGUGCCAAGAAAAGAGUUCACGGCCAACAUUCAUUCAAUAUUGGUACAACAGAGGUGUAAGAGAAAGGAAAUCCUCACCUUCUGAGAAGAGUAAAAUGAACGUAAGAAUAACAUAGUCCAUUUACUUUACCUUCAGGACAUAGCUUUGACCUUUGUGAAUGAUUUCUGUUUAGUUUUUCAGUAAUAAUUUGCAUUGAUGCAUGUAUAAUAACCACUGUUAUGUUUAUUUUCCAAGUGUACCCUCUGAUUUUUACCUAUUUACUGAAGGACCACUAAUAAUAUAGAAUGCAUGGAUAUGUAUAUUGCCCAUGAGAGAAGCUAUUGGAAAACA